GCGUGAUGGCGUCAUGACGAACGCGCUAUUGAGCGCUGCGCUCCGCAAAUCUACGCACACGGGACUCGGCCUUGAUCCUCUCGCCGAAUAACACUUUUGAACGUCACAGGUCCACUCUUGUCUAAGCUGGAGUGGCUGACAUGAAUGACACUCUGGAAUUCAAUGAAAUUUAUCAGGAGGUUAAGGGCACCUGGAAUGAUGGGCGUCUUCGCUUCAGUAAGCAGACAGUGGUGUAUAAAAACAGUAAGACUGGGAAGGUGGACAGCAUUCCGGUGCCCGAACUCACUCAAGCCCAGUGGAGGAGAGUCUGUCUGGGUCACGGCAUCAAACUGUGCACCAGCACUGGAAACAUCUACAAAUAUGAUGGCUUCAAAGACACUGACCUUGAGAAGAUCUCAGAGUACUUCAAAGCCAACUACAAAGUGGAGCUGAUUGAGAAAGAUAUGUGUGUGAAGGGCUGGAAUUGGGGCACUGCUAAAUUUAAUGGGCCGUUGCUUUCAUUUGAGGUGAAUGAAAGUUCUGCAUUUGAGAUUCCGCUCGCCAGUGUAUCCCAGUGUGCAACGGGAAAGAAUGAGGUCACUGUGGAGUUUCAUCAGAAUGAUGACACAGAGGUAUCCCUCAUGGAGGUGCGUUUCUAUGUCCCACCCACCACAGGAGACGAGGGUUCAGACCCUGUGGAGGCAUUUGCUCAGAACAUUCUGUCAAAGGCAGAUGUUAUCCAGGCUACAGGAGAUGCUGUGUGUAUCUUCAGAGAGUUACAGUGCCUCACACCUAGGGGCAGGUACGAUAUUCGUAUUUAUCCGACUUUCCUCCAUCUGCAUGGUAAGACUUUUGACUACAAGAUCCCAUACACCACAGUGCUCCGCCUUUUCCUGUUGCCUCAUAAGGACCAGCGGCAGAUGUUCUUUGUGAUCAGUCUGGACCCGCCCAUUAAACAAGGUCAAACCCGCUAUCAUUUUCUCAUUCUUCUGUUUUCCAAGGAAGAGGAAAUCAACCUCACUCUCAACAUGAACGAGGAUGAGGUGGAGAGACGUUUUGAAGGGAAACUUCAUAAAAACAUGUCUGGCUCUCUCUAUGAGAUGGUCAGCAGAGUCAUGAAGGCCCUGGUCAACAGGAAGAUCACAGUGCCUGGAAAUUUCCAAGGUCACUCAGGUGCUCAGUGUAUAACAUGUUCAUAUAAGGCCAGUUCAGGGCUGUUGUAUCCUCUGGAAAGAGGUUUCAUCUAUGUGCACAAGCCCCCAGUGCACCUGCGCUUUGAGGAGAUCUCCUGCGUGAACUUUGCUCGUGGUACCACCACUACCCGCUCCUUUGAUUUCGAGAUUGAGACCAAGCAGGGAAAUCAAUACACCUUCAGCAGCAUCGAGAGGGAGGAAUAUGGGAAGCUCUUUGACUUCGUCAACGCUAAGAAGUUAAGUAUCAAGAACAGAGGCUUCAAAGAGAAAAAGGGCAUGAAACGUAAUGAUAACAUGUACAGUGACUCAGAUGAAGACCAGCAUGAUGCAUACCUGGAGCGCAUGAAAGAAGAGGGCAAGAUCCGUGAGGAGGCCAAUGACAGUGACGACUCGGAGGGCGAAAGUGACGAGUCUUUUAAUCCUGGAGAAGAAGAUGAUGAAAUCGCAGAGGAGUAUGACAGUAAGGCUUCUGCCAGUGAAAGCAGCGCUGAUGACGGGGACAGUGAUGGCGAUCGGAAGAAGAAACCAACCAAGAAAGCUAAAUUUGUAAAAGAAAGAAAACCAAGAAAGAAAAAGAAAAAGGCAAAGGACAGCAGCGCCCCCAAGAGGCCAAUGAGUGCCUACAUGCUCUGGCUGAACUCUAGCAGAGACCGCAUUAAAUCGGAGAACCCGGGCAUCUCUGUCACAGAAAUCUCCAAAAAGGCUGGGGAAAUGUGGAAACAACUUAGCAAAGAGAAGAAAGAGGUGUGGGAUGCAAAAGCAGAAGAAGCAAAGAAAGAGUAUGAUCGAGCAAUGAGAGAGUACAAGGAGAGUGGUGGAGGAUCCUCAGGCAGCUCAAAAAAGGAGAGGAAAAAGAAAGGAGGGAAGAAUGAAGAAAAGAAGAAAAGGAAGUCAGCUGGUGGAAGGGAAAAAGAGAAAGAGCGAGCUACAGGCAACGACAGCUUUAAGAGUCGAGAGUUCAUAUCCAGUGAGGAGAGCUCAUCAGAGUCAGACAAAGGCAAGGGACGGAAGCGCAAGGGGUCUGAUGAUGAAGAGGAAGUGGUCAGUACACCGCCUAGCUCUGAAGAGUCUGGCUCAGACUAACGGACACAUUAAAAGGGGAGUGGAAGAAAACACUACCUGAUGAAAUCCUGAUACAGUACAUAUUACAGCAUAAGAUCGUUAAGUUUUGUUUUAGUUUGUCAAGACUUUCAUAAACGCUUGUGUACAUGCCUUUGGUAGUGUUGAACUUAAUGGAAUAGUUUGCCCGGAAAUGAAAAUUCUGUCAUCAUUUACUCACCAUCAUGUUGUUCCAAACCCAUAGGACUUUUU